AUGUGGAACCGUUUCCAAGACCACUGUCUGAGAAAGGCUUUCGAAUUAUUGGGAGUCACCAGAGGACCGCUUACAAACAACAAAAAAGCUAAAUGGUGGCAGCCAAACGUGGAAGAAAAAGUGAGAAAUAAGAAAAACCGUUUUAAGAUCUGGCAAAAAAGCGGCAGCGAUGAUGAUCGCGAAAUCUAUCGCAGAGUAAAAAAAGAGGCGAAAAGGGCGGUUGCUCGUGCUAUGGCGACCUGUGACGAAGAUUUUUAUAAUAAAUUGGAAAAUGCCAAAGAUGAUAGAGAACUAUUUAGACUUGCAAGAUAUAGAUACGCGAACAGCUUGGAUAUACGAACAACAAAAUAUAUCAAAAACAAAGAUGGUCACUUGCUCACUUCUAACUCCGACAUAAAGGCGAGAUGGUGGGAGCACUAUUCCCAUCUUCUCAACGAGAGCUCCCAAUUUAAGGUACCAACCGUAGAAAAUGCCGUAGAAGGACCUAUUCAGGAAAUUUCCACCGAAGAAGUCAGAAAGGCCGUUAAAAUGAUGGCAAAUAACAAGGCGAAUGGUCCUGAUGAGAUUCCCGUGGAGCUAUAG